UUUCCACUGAUUCUGAUACUUUCUUCCCGCAAACUACGAAUACUACAAGUGCACAACGCAAACAAAACCCACAGUAUCAUUCUAAGUUGCCAAUUCAAAGCUCGUAGCUGCCACAGCUCUCCAGAACCCCCUCUCUGUCUUUCCUUCAUUUAUGGAGCUUCUGAAUCCCGCGCACCCACCUCUUCACGAUCCCUCCCGUGAAUCCCUUUCUGGGUUUUCUUCUCCGGGAGUUUUCCGAGUUGGGUUUAACCGGACGGUGAAUUCCCAGUUGCCAGAUAUUGUUGAAGGAGGUGGUUGUGUCAGUGGUAGCAGUGGUGAGAACGUGUAUGUGGCUGUGGGAAAAUCUGUUGAGAAAACUGUGGGUUUGCUUCACUGGAGCUUUAAACGCUUUGGGGGAAGAGAUAUUUGUAUCCUUCAUGUUCACCAACCUUCUCCUCUGAUACCAACUCUCCUGGGAAAACUACCAGCAAGUCAAGCAAAUGCUGAAGUAGUUUCAGCACAUAGAAGGCAUGAGAGGGAACAGUCAAAGAAGCUUUUAGAAAUCUACUUGGCCAUUUGUCGUAGAGCUAAGGUUAAAGCAAGUAUAGUUACGACUGAUUGUGACCAAGUUCAGAAGGGAAUAGUAGAGUUGGUAAACAGACAUGGUGUUAGGAUGCUUGUUAUGGGGGCUGUACCCAAAAUUUGCAUGAAGGUGAAAAAGAGUUCCAAUAAAGCAAGUUAUGUUGCUAAAAAUUCUCCCUUAUUCAGUGAAAUAUGGUUCAUUAAGAAGGGGAAACAUGUGUGGACGAGAGAAGCUUCUGAAAGAUCCAGUCUUUUACCAUCAUGUGGUAAUGCAGGGGGUGCAAGUUCAGAGAUUGUAAGGUCUCUGUCCCUUCGGUUAAGUAAGAAUGCAUCACCAUUUCGUCCAGAAUAUGUUCGGUCUACUUCUGCUAAAGAUUUAACUUGUGCCCGAAUCAGCCAUUGGGUUCAAAGUGAAUCAACCUGUGCAGAAGUGCCAAUGUUGCGUGCUAGAUCUGGUUCUACAAAUACAUGUUUUAUCCACUCUAUCCAGAGUUCAUGUAGUCCUAGAAGUAGUAGCUGCUCUGGCACAUCUACAGAAAGAAGAGUGUCUUCAGAUUCUGAGUCGAAGGUUGAGGAGGACAGCUUAUGUUGUAAGAUGGAAGAAGUAAGGAUAGAAGCAAAAUCAUCGAGGCAUGAAGCAUUUGAAGAACUUUUGAAGCGCAAAAAAUUGGAAUUCCAAACAUUGGAAGCUAUGAGCAAGCUCAAAAUCUUUGAUUCUGCCUAUACAAAUGAAGUUAAACAAAGAAAAGGAGCUGAGAAUGCUCUAAGGAAUACAAUAGAGGAACAAGAAAAACUCUUGGAAGAGAAAGGAGAAAUAACUAAAGAGCUACAAAGGACAAUGAGAAAUGUUGCUCUUCUAGACAGUCGUGUGCAAGAAGCAAAUCGUAGGAGGGAUGAAGCUGCUGGAGAAUUAAAACUCAUUCAAACUUCCAUUGCAUCUCUAUGGCAGGAAAAGCAGAGGAUCCGACGGCAAAAAAUGGAAGCUGCACAUUGGCUUGAGCGAUGGAAAAAUCAUAGGCAAGCUGGAGCGCCAAACUGUAAUGGGCUGCUUGGGUUUGUUGAAGAGUUGCCUGAGUUGGCAGAAUUUACAUUAUCUGAUUUGCAAACUGCAACAUGCAAUUUCUCUGAAAGCUUCAAACUGGGGCAGGGAGGAUAUGGUUAUGUUUACAAAGGUGAAAUGCUAGGUAGAACUGUUGCUAUAAAGAAGCUGCAUCCAAAUAACAUGCAAGGGCAGUCAUCAUUUCAAAAAGAGGUUCAAGUUCUUGGCAAAUUACAACAUCCUCAUCUGGUGACUUUGCUUGGGGCAUGCCCAGAAGCAUGGUCUCUUGUAUACGAGUACUUACCCAAUGGGAGCCUCCAUGACUGCCUCUUCAGGAAAAACAACAUUUCUCCAUUGACAUGGAAAGUACGAGCACGGAUUAUAGCAGAAAUCUCAAGUGCACUUUGCUUCUUGCACUCUUCUAAACCUGAAAAAAUUGUCCAUGGUGAUCUGAAACCAGAAAAUAUCCUACUUGAUUAUGAACUUGGCUGCAAAAUAUGUGAGUUUGGAAUUUGCAGGCUGGUAACAGAUGAUACUUUUUAUUGCCCGAGUUUUCGUAGGGGCACUGAGCCAAAGGGAACAUUUCCAUAUACAGAUCCAGAGUUCCAAAGAGUAGGAAUUCUGACAACCAAGUCUGAUAUCUAUUCAUUUGGGGUGAUCACUCUACAGCUACUGACUGGAAGGCCUCCUAUUGGGUUGGUAGGCGACGUAAGAAGAGCAAUGUCAUGUGGGAAAUUAUCCACAAUUUUGGAUCCUUCAGCUGGAGAAUGGCCGACACUUGUUGCAAAAAGAUUGGUGGACUUGGGUCUGCAGUUUUGUGAAUUGAGCAGCAGGGAGAGACCUGAGUUGACACCUGCUCUAGUGAGGGAAUUGGAACUGUUGCAUGUUUCAGAAGAGCGGCCAGUGCCAUCUUUCUUCUUGUGUCCCAUCCUUCGCGAAAUAAUGCAUGAUCCUCAGGUGGCAGCUGAUGGUUUCACUUACGAAGGUGAAGCUAUACGUGGAUGGUUGGAAAAUGGCCGUGAAACUUCUCCAAUGACUAAUUUGAAGUUGAGUCACUUGCAUCUUACUCCCAACCAUGCAGUGCGUCUUGCAAUUCAAGAUUGGCUAUGCAAUUCUUAGAAUUCCAUUGAUUCAUGGAUGUGUGUACUACAUAGCUAUUGUGUUUCUGAUCACGUACAGAUGCAAAUUUUAGGCUAUGCCCAAAUGCAUCUUUGCAAAUAAAAUGGAUAACUGGCAGCAAUUUCUGUAACAUUUUAUGAAUGCUAUGUUAUUUGCAAUUCGUCUGCAUUUUAUGAA